AUGAGCGACCCGGGGAAGGAAAACGCCCCGGAGACCCUGUCCGAUGAAGAGUCUAGCGACUCAUACUACAAAUCAAAAUUCAAAUUCAAAAAAAAUUCAAUAGAAAUAAAAAAAAAGAGCCUGUUAAAAAAUAAAAUAAAGAAAAAUGACAUCGAGGAGAUAAUAAAAAACGACCCCAUCCUCAGCAAUAUCAACAGGACGCUCGAAGCUGAGGGGGAGGUCUUUUGCCUCGCCACGAAUAAUGAGAAUACAAAAAGUGAGCAAAGCUGUACCUCUGACGGUGUCUCUCAAAAGGGGCAGAAGGAAAAGAAGCCAAAAAACGGCAGCGUGGUCUACUUCAAAGAACCAACGCUCACACAUAAAGAAAUCAACCUCGAGGACAGCAAAGAUGCGAAAAAGGACAAAUGCGAACAUCCGAACGGAGCAAACAGAACAGAUGAAAAUGCUGCACUAAAAUAUAAAUGUGUCCUUACCAUUGGCGGUACAAAAAAAAACUCCCUAUCUUCGGUCAAAAAUAAACACACAAAAAAAAUUACCAGUGGGGUUCCCACCCAUGCGUACAGUGUGGACGGGGCAAAGUCUCCACCGGGGAAUGCUCCAAGGGGUCACAUAGGGAAACCCGUCACAAGGAAGGACGAAACGAAAAAGAUGGAAUUGUCCCCUCUGGCCAUUAUUAAGAAGCACGGUCGACUGGUAAACCAAAUUAACGAAAUACACACCAGCAACGGGGAAGAAAUAGAACACCUGCGCAACGAAUAUGCCUCGCUCAAAAAUGACCUGUACAAAAUUAUGAGCAUAAUGAAUGUGGGCCAGCGGGCCGUUUCUUCUUUGAAGUGA